GAGAAGCCCGGCUGCCGUUGCGGCCAACGGGAGCUCUCCCUGCGCUGUUCUGCCACGGUGGAGCUGGACGUACUGAGCUCCCACAGCCGGGUCGCUAGCUUCCUCUCCCCUGCGGGGGCGUUGAGCUCACGCGUGCGCAGCGCGUGAGCAAAGCGGGCCGGGACCCCAGGCUGACCCAGUGCAGGGCGACCGGACAGCCCGGAGGUGAAUAAGGAUGAGCUUCCCAGCGCUGCAGCUCCACUGAGGAGGAAGCCCAGGGGUAGAGGGUCGCCAGUCGGCCGCAGUGCGUGAGGCCAUGGCGUUCCUGACCGGGCCGCGCCUUCUGGACUGGGCUAGCUCGCCGCCACACCUGCAGUUCAAUAAGUUCGUAUUGACUGGCUACCGGCCGGCCAGCAGUGGCUCGGGCUGCCUGCGCAGCCUCUUCUACCUGCACAACGAGCUGGGCAAUAUCUACACACACGGGCUAGCCCUGCUGGGCUUCCUGGUGCUGGUGCCGAUGACCAUGCCCUGGAGUCAGUUGGGCAAGGAUGGCUGGCUAGGAGGUACACAUUGUGUGGCCUGCUUGGUCCCCCCUGCAGCCUCUGUGCUGUAUCACCUCUUCAUGUGCCACCGGGGAGGCAGUCCUGUGUACACCCGGCUCCUUGCCCUGGAUAUGUGUGGAGUCUGCCUUGUCAACACCCUUGGGGCCCUGCCCAUCAUUCACUGCACUCUGGCUUGCAGACCCUGGCUUCGUCCAGCUGCCUUGAUGGGUUACACAGCACUGUCAGGUGUAUCCGGUUGGAGAGCCCUCACUGCCCCCUCCACCAGUGCCCGGCUUCGAGCCUUUGGAUGGCAAGCUGGGGCCCGCCUGCUGGUGUUUGGGGCCCGUGGAGUGGGGCUGGGCUCAGGGGCUCCAGGAUCCCUGCCCUGCUACUUGCGUAUGGAUGCACUGGCACUGCUUGGUGGGCUGGUGAAUGUAGCACGUCUGCCAGAGCGCUGGGGGCCUGGCCGCUUUGACUACUGGGGCAACUCUCACCAGAUCAUGCACCUGCUCAGCGUGGGUUCCAUUCUCCAGCUGCAUGCUGGUGUUGUGCCUGACCUGCUCUGGGCUGCGCACCACGCCUGUCCCCCAGACUGAGCUGCCGCCUAGCUGCCAAGCCAGCCUACCCACAGCUUCCUGGGAUAAAUAACACCACCUUUCCUCCUUCUGCUGGUCUGCAAGGGUCUGGCUCCCUGGAGGAAGCACACAUGGGACUUCCUAGCUGGGAGACCACUCUUCAUUCUUCCCUGUGGAUUAACCUCUUCCUGACCCAGGCCUUCAAAUUCGAGCUGCCCCUCUCCCUGCCAUCUUCCCUCCAGGGUACUAUUUCACUGUCAGCUAGAAGGAAACCAUUCUUUCUUUGAGCCUCAAUUUACCCUGUUUGACCUGUGAGUUCAUGUCUGACAGUUGAGCCCAGAACCACUACCCCAUCUUGCUGCUCCCAUAAGACACCUCCUGGAUUCUUGAACUAGCCUCGCUGCCCCUGCUUCCUGACCUCCAUCUACCUGCCCUGCAUGCCAGACCUCUCAGCAGCCACAACUUUACCCUUCCUGUCAUUCCUGCAGUCAGGAUGCAGGGCAGUGGGACCAGGAUCUUAUCUCAGGACCAAGCAGCAUUGGUCCUGCCUGUAUUAUCUGGCCAAGAGACAUAAGGGGAGCUGCUGCUUUUCCUAGGCAACAGGCACAGAUGUGGAAUGGAGGCUUUGGACUCAGGCUCCACUGGACCAAGGACUCAUCGUGUCAGUGCCAUGGUCUGACUGGUUGACCUGCCCACCAGAGAGGUGUCUACUCAGGAAAUCUCUAUACAGUGGGUGGCUCCAGCCUGCUGGCCCAAGGGCACUCUAUAGCAGGGUACCGCCUCACAGCCAGAUUUUCCUGGAGGCCUAAGACCCUGGACAACAUCAAUAAAGGGACAGAAAGCGCUGUGUUGCCAUA